CACAUCUCGCCCAUUCUUACCGCAGUCCCUCUUUACGUUAGCGACUUCUCGAAAGCGUCCAGCCGAGAGAUCUUCAGGUGACCUUUACUGAAGUCUCAUACCCUUGAACUCUCGACCCCUCGCGACAGCCCCGGCCUCGACCGAAUUCCCUCGACGCCGAUCUCCACGACAACACAAAGUCACGCCCGCAGCAUACAAGCUCUCCCGACCACGCCUUAGGCUUCAACAGGCUUCAGCACUUCGACCAACUACACGGCUCUGACUUGAUCGCGAGACGCCGCAGGGCGUGUUCCCUCGGUGAAUGCCAACAUGAAUGGCCUCGCGUCCUCUCCAAUGGGCACCAUGUAUGUGCGCGCACUCUACGACUACGAUGCCGACGAUCGCACCAGUCUGAGCUUCCGACAAGGCGACAUCAUCCAGGUCAUCACACAACUCGAGAGCGGCUGGUGGGAUGGCAUUAUACGCGGCGUACGAGGAUGGUUUCCCAGCAACUACUGCGAGCUCAUCGCCCAGCCUCAGGACGUGCCCGCCCAACCUGCUCGCAUGUCCGAGGCCCAUGCUCAUGCUCAUGUCCAUGCACACACUCAUCCUCACGCGCACAAUCACAUGGAAGAAGUGGCUCCCGACUCCUCAUACCGUCAUGUCGACACAGCGCCCGACAGCCAGGAGGAGGCUGCCUUCUGGAUACCACAAGCCACGCCGGACGGCCGCCUCUUCUACUUCAACACCCUGACCGGUGUCAGCACCAUGGAGCUACCGCUGGAGAAUCCCGCCCAACACGCCGAACCAGGCCCACACGACCGAUACCACGUCCUGCAGCCCGACCAAUCGCGCCCUCCACCCGAGAUGCUCGCACGUGGCUAUGAGCGUGCCGAGUCCGAAGCUGACUACGAAUCCGCGAGCGAGGCCGACAUGACUCGCUCGAGGACUUCUUUGCGCAAUCGAGGCUCCUAUGUCUCAAACACUCUGUCUCCCGCAACUUCGUCCGAAUCCCUCAGAAACACUUCUCCUCUCACCAGAUCACGCAACAAUGUCGCCGACAUGUCCAACUCGUCUUACGUCCAUCAGUCCCACACCUCCAACGGUACCGCAAUGACUUCUUUCAUGAACAGCCCCAUGACUCCGGCACAGAAGGAUGGUUUGAUCAUCUCACGCCGCUGUUUCGACGACUCUCAGACGGUCCUGCUCACCUGGAAUACCCUGGUCGAAGACAUGCGCCGCGCCGUCCAGCGCUAUCGGGAAUCCAUUGACAACAGCUACAAGAGCGAGUUUGUAAAAAGAGCAGAGGACAUAUCAGACCACCUUCGUCUUCUCCUCGCCGCCGGCUCCGGUACCACCGACAACCACUCUGGCAACCCAUCUGUCAUCUCGACUAACAAAGCCCUCUAUCCUCACUUCAGAGAGAUGAUGUCGAGCUUCUCCAAGUUGGUGCUUUCCUCUCAUUUCGCCGCUGCAGACUUUACAACUCCCGACUCGUAUUCAAAAUGCCUACAGGAGGCCGAGGGCUUGUUGCAUGGUGUUUAUGGUUACGUCGAAGUCGCACGUCAACAACGCGGCGAGGAGAUUCCACGCCUCACGCCCGGCUUCGUGUCGGGAAUUCGCUCAGGUGCAAGCUGGCAGAACAAUGGCCUGGUCCUCGGCGAUCCGUCUGCUGCGUCACAACCUUUCCUUCAACAAGACACGGAUUCGCUUAUUGAGCCAAACGUUCAUCUUGACCAGGUCUUGUUGGAGCGCAUGGAAGACCUGAAGAAAAACGUCUCGAUCAGCAUACGUCGUCUGGAGAAGCACCUCGUUUUUGACGAGAGGUUGGUGACACCCAAGAAGCAUAAGAAAGUCAGUCAAGCAAUCACCGAAGACGCCAUACAAGUGGUCCAAGCCUGUCGACCGUACUCGGCUGUCGUCGAAAGUAUCAACUUGGCCCCGCUUGGGUCAACUUUCAAGAAUCCUCAAAUCAUCGACUUCAGCACAUGGAAGCAAAAGUUCUACGACAAUGCCUCGGAGCUUGUAGUUGCCUGUCAGACAGUGGCCAGUCCGCUAAGCGACGAGUGGUCUGAUCAUAGAGGAAGUUCGCUAGAGGACCGCAUCUCCCACGCCAGACUUGUUUCGCGCGAGCUCGACAAUUCAUCAACUCAAGUGCAUUUCAAUCUGCAAAUGUUGGCUGAGAUGAUGCCGCAAGAUUCUGCUGCAAUGUCAAACGAGGACCAUCGUAUCAAUGACAAUGCGUAUCCCGAGGAGCCUAGAGGAGCAUCGACCCUGAGGGGCAAGCCCAAUGGUCUGGGCCCUGCAAAGAGUUUCGUAGAAGGUCCCGAGCCCACCGUCGAGACUCCGCGUCUUGCAGACAAUUCGAAGCUGAAACGCUUCUUUGGAGAAGUUCCGGCUCCGAUCCAGCAAGAGGAUGUCCCAGAUUUCCUCAAGCUUGAUCAUGAAGGCGAGAUUGCCUACGACAACAAAGUGCAUCCUGCUCAAUUGCGUGGUGGAACGUUGACUGGUCUGGUCGAACAGUUGACACGACAUGAUCGCCUAGAUUCGCCAUUCAACAAUACGUUCUUGCUGACAUAUCGAUCCUUCACAUCUGCGAGCGAGCUGUUUGAAAUGUUAGUAAAGCGAUGGAAUGUGCAACCUCCUUAUGGCCUGAACCCUCUUGACCUCGAAACUUGGGUCAACAAGAAGCAGAAGCCAAUCAGAUUCCGUGUGGUCAAUAUUUUGAAGAGUUGGUUUGACAACUACUGGAUGGAAGAGAACAGCGAGGCGAACCAACAACUUAUGCAGAGAGUGUAUUCGUUCGCGAAAGAGACAGUCGCAUCUGGCAGUACCCCUGGCGCAGGUCCCUUGAUGACAGCUAUCGAACAGAGAAUGCGCGGACAUGACGCCCCUGGCAAACGCCUAGUCCUGACCUUGAAUUCGGAGAAAACACCUACACCGAUCAUCCCAAAGAACAUUAAGAAGCUGAAGUUCCUUGACAUUGAUGCUCUGGAAUUCGCCAGACAGCUCACCAUCAUCGAGUCAAGAUUGUAUUGCAAAAUCAAGCCUACUGAGUGUUUGAACAAAACUUGGCAGAAAAAGCUUGCACCGAAUGAGCCUGAUCCAGCUGCUAAUGUCAAGGCUUUGAUUUUGCAUUCUAACCAACUCACCAAUUGGGUCGCUCAGAUGAUCCUGACCCAGGCCGAUGUGAAAAGACGCGUGAUUGUCAUCAAGCACUUUGUCGCGGUUGCAGAUAAAUGUCGCCAGCUUAACAACUUCUCUACCCUCACAUCAAUUAUAUCAGCGUUGGGUACAGCACCCAUCCACCGCCUGGGUCGCACGUGGGCUCAAGUCAACCAGAAGACCCAAGCAACUCUUGAGGUCAUGCGAAAGUUGAUGGGAAGCACCAAGAACUUUUCGGACUACAGAGAGACUUUGCACAAGGCUGACCCGCCUUGCAUUCCGUUUUUUGGUGUUUACUUGACCGAUCUUACUUUUAUCGAGGAUGGUAUUCCCUCGGUCAUUAAGAAGACCAAUCUUAUCAAUUUCGCCAAGCGUAGUAAGACUGCAGAGGUCAUUCGCGACAUUCAACAAUAUCAGAAUGUUCCCUAUCCGCUGCAGCCUGUACCGGAGCUUCAGGAAUAUAUCCUCACAAAUAUGCAAACAGCAGGCGAUGUACAUGAGAUGUAUGAUCGUAGUUUGGCGGUUGAGCCUAGGGAGCGGGAGGAUGAGAAGAUCGCCCGAUUACUUUCCGAAUCGGGUUUCCUGUGAUCUCCACAAAAAGCAUUGUCCAAACAGACGUAUGCGCAAAGUUAAGUAUAAAGACUCGGAACCGGAGUAUUCCAUCCGGCCUUGACCCCAGCCUUGAAGACUGGUGCUGAGCAUCAGUAAAACCACAUCAAGCAAAUUUACAUACGACUUU